GCCAACCCCACUAGGAAGGGAGACAGCCAGUAUUCACAGACGCCCGUCCGCAGCAGGCCCUUUAAUGCUCCUAACAACCCCGGGGAAAGGUACUUUAGUGUCUCCUUGACCUAGGCACUCCUCGCUCGCUCUGGGCGCAAAGCCGUGCCCUCGGCCCGCUGGUGUCCGCGGAGCUUGCACCCGCCCAGCUCUGAUUGCGGGCCUGGACCCACCGCGCUGGCUGCCGCCCCUCAGUGGUCACGUGAAGGCGGGGCGCAGCAGGGCUCCGUAGCCCGGGAGGGCAGAGUCCGCCGGGGAGGCCCCUACGUUCGUACAUCCCUGCCCAGUGCACCACGCCGCGAUGCACGGGGUCCAGCUCGGCUCGGGCUUGCAGAGUCUGAACCCAGAGCCCCCAGAGGAGCUGCCCGCCCAAGAGAACCUUCUGCUGGCAGCUGCUUACGUUUCCGAUGCCCAGUACAACAGAAAUGUUCCCUUCCAAACAUCCCCACAGGCGAUCAGACUUUACUAUUUUUAUAACCACUGGAUGAUGGGAAUGGCCACAUACAUUUUUAUCUGUGUAGACCUCUCUCUGGCCCUGUUUGAGGAGCCCGCGCUGUUCCCGUUGCCUUUUGUGGCCACUGCCCUCACAGAAGUACUCUGCUUGACUGCAUUCUCUGUGAGGCUGGUGCACUUUGCUAAAGUCACUCCUCAAAUGGUUUUCUGGAAGGACAUGAAGAACAUCUGCAUCAUGGUAACCAUCAUGGUGACCUUGAUUGACCUCAUUAUCUAUGGGUCCCUGGCAGCUGUUCACAUCCACAGCAUUAGAUGGACAAGGGCCUUGAGGCCGGUCUUCCUAAUUAACUUCCCUGAAAGUCGUCAGACCCGAAGGGCUUUUCGAAGCAUCCGGAACACUCUGCCUGACAUCUUGUAUGUCUUCCUUCUGUUCCUGUUCAGUGUGCUCAUGUUCUCCCUGAUAGCCCUGAAGCUUUUUGGGGAUAGGGGGUUGAAAACAGCUGAAGGAGCUCCUUACUUCACAAAUAUUCUGGAAAUUGCAUUUGAGCUCUACGUGCUGGUCACUACGGCAAACAACCCUGACAUCAUGAUGCCUGCCUAUAAUGUCAAUUGGUGGUAUUCCUUGUAUUUCAUAACCUACAUCAUCAUCAACACUUACAUCUUCAUGUCUGUCUUUCUGGCCGUGGUCUACAACAACUACAGGAAGCACUUAAAGAAUGAGAUUCGCAAACUGGCAUACCUGAAACGGCACAAAAUGAUGCAGGCAUUCCAUAUUCUGAAAGUCAAGGUGGGCACAGAGUUUGUGGUAAAGGAGGCCACAUGGAAGCAGCUGGCCAAGGUAGUGGCACCAGACAUCAGCAGCUCCCACCUGGAACUCCUCCUGAGGAUCUCUGAUGAGGGGCAGCAGGGGUAUGUGGACAAAAUGAGCUUUCUCCGCCUGGCUGAUCUCCUCAACAUCCAGGUGGUCACUGUCAACCUCAGAAGACACCCACUGGAAGCCUGGGUGCCACGGGUCUACCAGUCAUCCAUGAGCCUCUUGGUCCAGAGGGUUGUUCGGCACAGGAUUUUUGUCUGGGCAUAUGAUGUCAUCAUUCUAAUCAAUGCCAUAUUCAUUGCUCUGGAUGAGAAGCACCUCUUCAUUUCCUACGCAGAGUGGCUUUUCCUCACUCUCUAUAUUAUUGAGAUCCUCCUGAAACUGUACACAUAUGAGCCCAGAGCCUAUUUUGGAAGGAAGCAGUACUGGAACUGGUUUGAUGCACUGAUUAUCUUCGCAGCUCUGGUGGCCACCACAGCCAGUGCCGCCAUCCAGUCAGCAAGAAAAUACAACAGUCGGCAGAUCCUGGAUAUUGUCUUGAUAUUGAGGAUACUCCGGCUUCUAAGGGUCAUCAUCACCAUUGAGAGGUUCCGGGUGAUAGUGACCACUUUGAUUAACAUCGGCCCCACGAUGCUGACGUUUGGAGGGCUUGUCUUUGUGGUCUACUACACAUUUGCUGUCAUUGGAAUGGAAAUCUUCUAUGGCAAAGUCCAGUUCUUUGACCCAAAUUUCACAUCUCCUGAUGCACUGGUAUGUGGAAACCCGGCCCUAAAAGGGUCAGCAUUUGCUCGAGACAGGUACUGCAAGAACAACUUCAACGACCUGGCCUCAUCCUUCAUUGUGCUGAUGGAGCUCACCGUGGUGAACCAGUGGCAUGUUCUUGCAGGUGGCUUUGCCCUCGUGACUCACCAGGCGGCAAAGCUGUACUUCAUCUUGUUCCACAUUGUGGUCGUCAUCCUCAUUGUUAAUAUUUUCAUCGCAUUCAUCUUGGAGGCAUUCUUCGUGGCAUAUUCAUUAGGAAAGAGUGAGAUAGAAACUGCAAUAGAGAAGAAGAUUCAAGAGCUUGGAGUGGGAAUCCAAGAAGAAGAUGUACAUGACUGGAAGCUUGCUGGUAACAUGGGCACAGUGGACAGCACCUUUAGUGUGAAUGAUGAUGACAGUAGAAGGAAAGCAUUGAAAGGACUGUACUUCAGAAUUGCAUCAAAAACUCCUGGUUCCCUGCUCCAUCCUGCCACACUGCUAUGAACCUUUGCAAAUGCUGCUUCCUUCCUCCGCUCACCCAGGCAGCCCUUUUCAGAGACCCCCCACCAGGCUUUCCAAGAAGGCCAGGCACUCUGUGAGUCCCCUGCUCUGCUUUCCCAAUAGGGGCAUCUUCAUUGCUCAGUGACUACUUUGGUCCCAGUUUUUCCUCCUUGCUGAUGUGAAAGUGUAUAUGUGCAGGGCCAUGCAUGGCUUUUUUGUUCUCCAAGGUAUCUCCAGGGUCUAAUGAUGUACCUGGGACAUAGGAUUCUUUAACAAGUCUUUGUUUCAUGACCUCACUAAUUCUCAGUGAAUUAUCUUCCUGGUAGCUUCCUGGUAAACCCGAACCAGCCUGCUUUUGGUUUGGGCUCAGUCUGAGGAAUGUAGUGCAGAUCACAGGAGGAGAGGUAUGAGCCCCAGCUUCCCUCGAAGAAGGCCUCUUCGUCUUCAGGGCUGUGAGUGGCUGGGGCUCCAUGUAAGAUGAAUAAUCAGCAAGGAUGAAUAUUCCAUCUCUUUAUCUAUGCAUCCUUCCCCUCAAACACUGGUUAUAGUGCUAGAUGCCUAGUCUUCAACUCAGGGUCACCCUUCAGGAGAGCCUUGGUUUGCCAGGCUGAGGGCUCCCCUAACCCCCAUACCAACAAAUCCAGUGUGUCCCUUUCUCCUUUA